CAUCAUCUAAAUGUCACGUUGCAGAUGUCGGACGUGGCGGUGGCGACGCCCUUGUCCGCCUCCUUGAGGGCGCGCCAGCACUCCUCGCCCUCCUCGGGCCCGGCCUCGGCCCCGGCCGGCGGCGUCCACCCACAGGACCUCAGCAACUUCCGCACUUGGCUCAAGCACCAGCCGCACCUCCCGCACGACAUCCCAGAUGAGACGCUUACGCUGUUCCUCCACUCGCAAAACAACUCCCUGGAGCUGGCCAAGAUGACGCUGGACCGGUCUUACAGCAUCCGGACGGUUGCCCGCGAGCUCUUCACGGACCGGAAUCCUUUGUCUCCCGAGAUCCAAGACGCCCUGAAAGUCAUACGCUUCGCCCCGCUCCCCGGGCGCACACCAGAGGGCCUCCUGGCCUUCGUCGUCGGCUUCAAGGACCCCGACCCGAGCCACUUCUUGUUCGUCGAGGCCGUCAAGCUGAGCCUCAUGGUGCUGGACCUGGUGCAGCUCAACGAUGGCCCGGUGCCCGGCUACAGACUCGUCAUGGACAUGAGGGGCACGAACAUCGCGCACGUCGGCAAGAUCAACUUCGCCACGAUGAAGCGCGGGCUUGACUACCAGCAGGAGGGCCUCCCAGUCCGGCUGAAGGGAGUUCACGUCAUCAACGCCAUCCCCCUAGUCCAUCACAUCCUCGCCAUCAUGAAGCCUGUCAUGAAGCCCGAGACGAGGGAGAUGCUGCACGUCCACACCGAGGCGCAGGUCUCCAAAUUCUACGAGUUCGUGCCCCAAGAAAUGAUGCCCAAAGAUUACGGCGGGGAAGCCCCAUCCUCCGAUGAAUUGCACGAUCUCGUCAAGCAAGGUAUGGAAAAGCUGGUGUCGUGGUACUCGCAGGAGGAGCGCCUCCGCGUGGACGAAUCCCGGAGGCCCGCGCGGUCUGUGCCCUACCAGGAUGGUGACGCUUUCGGAUGCAACGGCUCGUUCAAGAAGCUCAACUUGGACUGAUACGUCCACGAAGCAACUCGCAGCUUUGAAACUUUGAGACGCCAAAGAGGCUUGUUCGUCGUGUAAUUUUGUUAAAAACUACUAUUACCUAAUUUGUAAAAUAAAAACAACUACCAAGA